AUGGUUGUUGAAGCUCGCCGACGUCUGUCGGCGUUCCGUCCUCGAAAUUGGGCAUAUCCUCCAGCUCCUCCUGCUAAACUUUCACUUGAACAGUUGCCCUUGUCUGUCCUAAUCCAAAUUGCUGAGCAACUACCUACGCAAGCGCUUCUUGCCUUGUGUGUGACAUGUAAGUACCUUUACUUACCGUCCGCAGCAUAUUUGUACCGCAAGAUCAUAGUGACCGACGACACAAUGGCAUUGGCGUAUGCGCGUGACCACUUGAAUGAGUGGGGAAGAACCUGUGGCACUGCAGUGAGAACAGAAAAACUUGAGAGGUUGGUAUUGCUGCUUGAACGAAGUUGCAAGUUGGCUUCUUUGGUGCGGACAGUGUAUCUGGAGAACGGGGCGCGCCAGGAAAAAAACCUCGAGGCGCAGGCCGAGAAAGUUGGUGCCAAACAACGCCCGCAGGAUGUGUGCGACCUUUUAGUGCGCUUGUUAGCAUGCACCCGCCCGACGGAUGUUUAUGUUAAUCUGCCCGAAAUUCGUGUAUUGCUUCCCAAUGCCGUUUGUUUAGCGUGUCCUGCGCCCGUUUUCUUGGCAGCCAAAUCCUCCCACCUCGCAGAAAUCUGUCUCUGUGGCGAUUGGCCUGCCGAUCCUGCUGCUGUUGCUACAGCUCUUGUGGAUGCACCGCUUCGAACCUUGGCUUUCCGCACCGUGGGCGCGCGCGACUUGCGCCGCUUGAACCUUCUCAACACAUCCGAGCGCACAUCUCCUCCAUGGAUAAACAUUUUGAGUGCUGUGGCUCCACACAGACUUCAACUACAAGCUUUAGAACUAGACGGCCAUGUGAGGGAUUCAGCUUCUGCCGCACAAACCAUUGCUUCUGCAGUGGCGCUAGAAGAUUUGACCUCGCUUCUGCUUCGCUGUACUGAACAAUCACCUGGAGCACAUGUUCCGCAUGAACCUCAGGCUACGCUAGUAUAUCGUCUCACACGCCAUACGCUGUCACUUUCCAGUUUGUCUCUUCGACCCACAGAUAACUGCUUGGCCUGCCAAGAGCAAUCCAUUGUGCAAACUCUUGAAGAAAACCUUCGUGGCCAGCUUGAGCAUCUUGUACUUUUCUUUGAAUCUUCAGGUAGCACAGGUGCAGAAACUGUGCGGCGCGCCGUAUUGGCGUCGCAGCCAGCACUUAAGCGCCUCGAAUGCAGAGAUCCCACCACCUUAGGCGAAGCUCGUGCGCACCUUUAUACGGUACUUGACCAGGAUCAUAUUUCACAAUGGGAGCAUGGUUCAUUUUACGAGCAGCGGAUCCGCCGUACGUUUUUCCCCAAUGAUUUUGGUACACCAUCUCCGCAGUUUGUGCCUGACCCGUUGGCGCGGUGUCUCGAAGAGUGCGCGCCUGCCGUAGCUCAGUAUCUUGCCCGCGACACAGUUUAUGGCGCUCGUCCUCCACGUUUGGUCGAAUAUUCCGUGGUAGAUUUUACAGUGGCUGUUCAACGCAAUGCACUUAUUGUAAAUGGACGGGACAUCCCUCUAGAUGUUCAAGAGGCAGAGACUCAGGAGAAAAAUGAGACUUAG